GCCUUCUUGUUGUUCCGCAGAAACGUAUAUUUGGACUGUAUCGUAAAACUUUCUCUGGUAAAACUCUCUACAGCUCUGGUUAACCUCAGCGUUAAUGCAAAUAAACUGAAUUUAAGGAUUAAAAUGCACAUUUGAAGGAAAACCAGUGAAAAUGCUCUUUAUUUUGCCCACAUUGCUUUGGUGUUUACGUGGCCGUGGUGUGUCUGGUGUUGUUACAGAGAGAUGGUCUGUGUUGGAGGGAGAAUCAGUCACUCUAAAAACUGAUGUUGAAACAACAAAAGAAGAUAUUAGGUGGUAUUUCACAUUAGUGAAUGACAUUCUCAUCGCUGAAAUCACAGGAGAUCAGAGUAAGAUCUGUACAAAUGUUCAGUGUAAAGAGAGAUUUAGAGACCGAUUGAGGCUGGAUCUUCAGACUGGAUCUCUGACCAUCAAAGACCCCAGACCUACAGACUCUGGAGUUUAUAAACUAAAGCUCAACAGCAGCAGAAUCAGUACAAAGAUCUCCAUUGUUACUGUUCAUAGUUUCUUCAGCGCUGAAGAUGUAGAUUCAGCUUUUGUGCUGGAGGGAGACUCAGUCAUUCUUCACACUGGUGUUGAAAUAAACCAACAAGAAAAGGUUAGAUGGUAUUUUAAUGACAUUCGCAUCGCUGAAAUCAUUGGAGAUCUCAGGAAGAUCUGUACAGAUGUUCAGUGUAAUGAAGGCACUGAGAGAUUCAGAGACAGACUGAAGCUGGACAAACAGACUGGAUCUCUGACCUUCACGAACAUCAGAAACACAGACUCCGGAGAAUAUAAACUACGGAUCAUCAGCAACAGCAUCAGUACAAGGGAGUUCAUUCUGGCUGUUUAUGAUUUUCCUGUUGUUGAAGUAGAUGAGAUAAAGAGAAAGUCGGUAAUGGAGGGAGAAUCUGUUACUUUAGAUACUCAUGCAAAAACCACAAAUGAUUCCAUGACGUGGUAUUUUAAUGACAUUCCCAUCUCUGAAAUCACUGGAGAUCAGAGAAAGAUCUGUACAGAUGAUCAGUGUAAAGAGAGAUUCAGAGACAGACUGAAACUGGAUAACGAGACUGGAUCUCUGACCAUCACACACACCACAAACACACACUCUGGACUCUAUAAACUACAGAUCAACAGCAGAAGAAUCAGCAUCAUAAGGAGCUUCGAUGUGACUGUCAGCAUAAAGAGUUCUGGUUCAGGUCUGUCUUCAGCUGCUAAAGGAGGAAUAUGUGUUGGUGUUGGUGUUGGUGUUGUGCUGGUCGUGGCAGCAGUUGCUUAUGUGAAUUACCGUCGCCACAAGAAAUCUACAGGACAUAAUAAUGGCUUCACAAGGCAGAACGAUCAUGAUGAGAGAAAUGAUGCGGAAAACUCUAUUCCCUUAUCGAAAAUGUUUUCCGCUGAUCCCUGCUGAUAACGGGACAUCAAUACGACUUCCAGUUUGUAAUGGUGGAGGGCAAAUGAAUCCCAAACGGAUCAGUGCGGGAUGAUCAGGGCCCGAGCACCGAUGCUGAGGGGACCUAUACUGAAAUUGCUCCGUUUAUUAUUAUUAAUCUCUAUAACUCUACCAUUAGCGGCAGCAUUUGUUAUAAAAUAUAUAAUACCGCACUAAUCUAUUUUGAUCAGAUUCAUAAUCAUUAAUAUUGCAAGAUGCAAGCACUCUUCACAGAUCAUGUGUGCAAAUGCCACAACAAGGCAACAUGAUUUCACGUUUCUAACUUUAGUUAGUGUGUAAUGUUGCUGUUAGUUUGAGCAUAAACACCAUCUGCAAAGUUAUGACGCUCAAAGUUCAAAACAAAAAAAAGAUAUUUGCUUUUAAUGAAACUGAUUUUUAGGGACUAUACAAAUGGCUUGUAGGGACUACGUUAUUAACAUCACUAACCCUAAAAUAUACAUAAACCCCGUCCAUGGGAGCGGGAUUAAUAGAUUAUCAAGACUAAAUAUGCUAAUCAGUGACUAGAAGAUAGUUAACUCCACAUCAGCAACAUAAAUGCAUCAACUAACCAUUCAGAAACAUCCUGUUGCAUUCUCCAUGUUGUCACUUCUUUGUCUCUCCAUCGUUGUCUGAGUCCGGUUUGAACACAAAACGUCUAAACGUUUUUUUUAUUUUUAUUUUUUGAUUUUCAGUGCAUAUCUGUUUGAGGCAUAGACAGUAAAAGAAAUGGACAAAGCGACCCCAUUGAUUUCAACUGAGAAAAUUGAAGUCUGUUAAAAGCUGAUCGUCAGACGUCACAAACUGAGCCUGUCACGUGAGCAACCUGUACGUCUUCUAGUUGCUGUGCCGAGUGAAAUCUGUUCAAUUUUAAAAUUGAAAAAAAUCAAUUUUAACACGCUAUAUAAAAAUAUCUGUGGGGUAUUUCGAGCUAAAACUUCCCCUACACAUUUAAAGACUUAUUUUACAUCUUGUGAACAGUGCAUUUUACCAGACAACACACAGGUCUUAAAGGAUUAGUUCACUUUUGAAAAAACUUUUGCUGAUAAUUUACUCACCCGCAUGUCAUCCAAGAUGUCC